AUGCCAGGACUGCUUCUGUGCUUCGUGAUGCGCUACGAUGCCUACAAGAGGGCGCAGUUGUUGCAGUCGCUGCAGCUGCAGGGAGUGGAUGUCAAGUGUGGCAUGGCGGCCACCGCCACUUUGCCGCCAUUGUCUCGGAUGUCCUAUUUCCACUGCUCACUCAUCGGAUACUUCCUCGGCUUGCUCACAGCCACUGUGUCGUCGGAGGUGUUCAAGGCGGCGCAACCCGCGCUGCUCUAUUUGGUGCCCUUCACGCUGCUCCCGCUGCUUACUAUGGCUUACCUCAAGGGGGAUCUGAGACGCAUGUGGAGCGAGCCGUUCAUCACGCACCCGCCAGUAACGAAGCACCAAAUAGUGUGA